AGGACACCUUGAAGAUCAGAAACAAAAACAAACAGAUCUGUCACGCAAACAAUCUGUUCUUCGAAAGGGUAAACAUCAAACAACGGCUCAUCUAGAUAUAUCCGUACAUAUACGUAUAGUCUCCACAAUAGAGCAUCAGGAAGUCGCACAUUUUUCUGCUGGAUUGAAACAGUCAUGCCGUCAGACAAAAAGAGGCGAAGCCGCAGCAGGGAACGAGACCGAGGAACUAAGGACAGAGAAAGGGACAGAGACCGAGAGCGCGAAAAGGAUCGUGCCAGAGAACGAGACAAAGAACGGCGAGAAAGACGCAGGUCACGCUCCAGAAGUCGGUCGCGGGAAAAGGACCGCUAUGGGAGCUCUUCAAAGUCGAAAGGAAAGGACGAGAAGCCGAAAGAAAGGUCGCGAAGUCCGACCGAUGGCAAGUCUAAAGAGGAAUCUUCCGAUUCGCUUGCCAAGCAAGAGCCGGAGGAUGUGAAACCAGUGGUCAAGAAGGAGCCUUUGUCACUGGAGGAGCUGCUGGCCAAGAAGAAGGCCGAGGAGGAGGCUAAGAGCAAGCCCAAGUUCUUGACCAAGGAGGAGAGGAUGGCUGAGGCGAUGAGGAAACGGCAGCAGGAGGUCGAGGAGCAGCGCAAGCAGCAGGAAGAAGAGCGUAGAAAACGUAUGGAGUUCCAGAGGGAGGCUGCAAAGGCCUUCGAAGAGCACCGCAGAGACGAUCGAGAACGUGAAUUCAGGAGACCUCCGCGACCAGAGAGAGCCAGGGACCCUGAGAAAACAGAGCGCGAGGGCGAGCCUACGGUCGUAAAAGACAAGGAGAAGGAAGGAGAGGCCAUCAAGGAAAGGUAUCUUGGUCUAGUUAAAAAGAAGAGGAGGGUGCGCCGCCUAAACGACCGCAAAUUUGUGUUCGAUUGGGAUGCUGGCGAGGACACGUCCACAGAUUACAAUCCUAUCUAUAAAGAAAAACACCAGGUUCAAUUUUACGGAAGAGGUCACGUUGCUGGUAUCGACAUCAAGGCGCAGAAAAAAGACCAGUCAAAGUUUUACGGCGAGCUGCUGGAAAAGAGGCGAACGGAAGCAGAAAAGGAACAAGAAGUCACCCGAUUGAAGAAGCUAAAGCGGAAGGAAGACAAGCAAAAAUGGGAUGACCGUCACUGGACUGAGAAAGCAAGGGAUGAGAUGACAGAGCGAGAUUGGCGUAUUUUCCGCGAGGAUUACAAUAUAACCAUAAAAGGAGGAAGGAUUCCAAAUCCAAUUCGCGGCUGGAGGGAGUCUGGUGUGCCUGAGGAGAUCCUCGAUAUUAUCGACGAAGUCGGUUACAAGGAUCCGACUCCGAUCCAGCGUCAGGCAAUCCCCAUAGGUCUCCAGAAUCGAGACAUCAUUGGUGUUGCGGAAACCGGUUCUGGCAAAACGUUAGCAUUCCUCAUCCCGUUGCUCAUGUGGAUCCAAUCUUUGCCGAAAAUCGAACGCAUCGAAGAUGCUGACCAAGGUCCGUACGCCAUUAUUUUGGCUCCGACGCGUGAGUUGGCGCAACAAAUUGAAGAGGAAACCCUCAAGUUUGGCACUCCUCUUGGAAUCAGGACCGUGGUGGUGGUCGGAGGUCUCUCCAGGGAGGACCAAGGGUUCAAACUGCGUCUAGGUUGCGAGAUUGUCAUCGCCACUCCAGGUCGUUUGAUAGAUGUCUUGGAGAAUCGUUACUUGGUGUUGAGCCAGUGCACCUACAUUGUCCUCGACGAGGCCGACAGAAUGAUUGACAUGGGUUUUGAGGGGGAAGUGCAGAAGAUCCUCGAAUACAUGCCGGUUACAAAUCAGAAGCCGGACAACGAGGAUGCUGAAGAUGAAAAGAAACUGAUGCAGAAUUUUUUCUCUAAGCAUAAGUACCGUCAGACUGUCAUGUUCACCGCAACUAUGCCUGCGGCUGUUGAAAGACUGGCUCGCACCUACCUGAGAAGACCAGCGGUGGUCUACAUUGGAUCUGCAGGAAAACCUACGGAACGCACGGAACAGAUCGUGUACUUGGUGUCCGAGAACGACAAGAAGAAAAAGUUGCUGGACAUCCUCAACAAGGGAGUCGAGCCGCCGAUCAUCAUUUUCGUCAAUCAAAAGAAGGGUGCCGACUUCUUGGCCAAGGGUCUUGAGAAACUUGGAUACAAUGCAUGCACGUUGCACGGUGGAAAAGGCCAGGAGCAGAGAGAGUACGCGUUGGCCAGUCUUAAGGGAGGAAGCAAGGACAUUUUGGUGGCAACAGAUGUGGCUGGUCGCGGUAUCGACAUUAAGGACGUGUCUCUCGUCAUCAAUUACGAUAUGGCCAAGAGCAUUGAAGAUUACACCCAUCGUAUUGGACGAACCGGUCGAGCUGGUAAAACAGGUAUCGCCAUCUCAUUCCUCACCAAAGACGACUCGGCACUGUUCUACGAUCUCAAGCAAACUAUCAUGUCGAGUCCUGUGUCUACCUGUCCGCCUGAGCUGAUGAACCACCCUGAAGCCAUGCACAAGCCUGGCACGGUGGUCACCAAAAAGAGGAGGGAAGAAAAGAUUUUCGCCUGAUUUUUCUUUGUUUGAAAGAAUUCUAAUAAAUUGCUGCUUAGGA